CAAGACUGGUCGGUUAGGAAGAACGGCUUGGACUAAUACUUCUCUACACCUACACGAUCCUUACUGUCAAAGACUUUCGUCCUAACGAGUCACAAGCACCAGCAUCCCACACAUCAUCCCACACAUCAUCCCCACAACAACCAUCAAAAUGCUCCCCUCCAUAACCCCCCUCCUCCUCCUCGCCGCCGCAGGAACCUCCCAAGCCAUCAACAUUUGCUGCUCCUCUUUCGCAGGCAACACCUGCACAAAAGACCAAUACAACAAGCACCGCCAAGACGUCAUCCUGAACCAAAUCAUAAACGUCGACGGCCGGAACUGCGUCCGCAAAGGCGCCGGUCCCGGCGCCUGGACCAGCAAGAAGGACUGGUCCGAGUGGUAUGAUUGCCAGCAGUGGACCGGUCCCGAGCAGCGCCAAAUCGAGGUCGGGGAGUGUACUCUCUUCUGCGUAACGCCCAGUGGUCUUCUGAACGGACCUUGUAUUUGAGCCUUGCUCUUGUUCGAGGUAACUUGUUGGACAAUAGAUCAAUCAUGCUGAAGGUUUUGAAAAGACGGAGAGGUGUCUUUGAACUCCCGACUUAUUUUGUACCUUGGAAGAUGCAGAAUAAC